AUGGAAGAACGAGCGCGCAUCCCCGUUGCGCCACCUAUCACGACACCAUUAUCUUCAUACUGGCACAACCCAAAGUCGCCUUUUGCAAAUGUCAUCGAACCUGAGGUGGAUAAGGGUGCACAAGUCUACGAUUAUGCCAUUAUCGGGUCUGGUAUCUCCGGCACGGCGAUCGCCUAUAACAUUCUGAACGCUUUGCCUAAUGCGCGGGUGGUGAUGUUGGAGGCACGUGAGAUAUGCUCAGGUGCGACGGGUCGCAAUGGUGGGCACACGAAAGCGGCAAGCUAUCGCAGCUACACGCAUCAUGCCCAAGAGCUUGGCAAGGCAGAGGCACUGAAGAUCGCGAGAUUAGAGUAUGCUAACAUUGUUGAGACGCAUAGCAUAGCAAAGGACCUGGGCUUGAGGUGCGAGAGUACGUUGUGCAAUACGGUCGAUCUCAUCUACGACAAACCCACUUUCGAGGCGGGAAAGCUGGCAAUUCAGAUGCUGCGAGCUGACGCAGACGAGCAUGAGAAGGAAGUGGGAAAGAUGGCAUGGUACCAAAUACACGAGGAGGUUGCGGAUAUCCAGAAUAAGUUCUCUGUUGCAACAAGGAACAGCAAUUCCACAGUCUCGUCAAAAGAGCAGCUUCAAGGCGCCUUUGAGUACCUAGCUGGACGAAUACACGCAUACCAGUUUACAACCGGGUUAUUAAGACAGUGCGUUGAGAAAGGACUGCACUUGUGUACAAACACGCCAGUGCAUGAUAUCCGCCCGUCGGUAAAAUCAAACAGCGAGACUGGUACUCAUUGGGAUGUUGUCAGCCAGCACAACACUGUCACAACAGGAAAUGUCAUUAUCGCAACCAACGGCUACACACCCUAUAUCAUGAAAGAGCUCCAAGGCGCUAUCGUACCAAUGCGCGGACAAAUCACCGCACAACGACCAGGAACGGCAACAAAGCUUCCAUGUCCGCUACCGACGACGUACUCAUUCAUCUAUCGUGACGGCUAUGAAUACAUGAUUCCGCGGCCGUUGUCGAAUGGUGGGCAACACAUAGUUAUUGGCGGUGGCUUAGGUCGUCUUCCUGCAGCCGGCCCAAGCGAGUACGGGACAGUUGACGAUGGUAACUUGAACCCAGAGAUCUCCAAAUAUCUCUACGAGAGCUUGACUGGAUAUUUUGGCGCUGAGAAUUGGGGUGAAGCGUCUAAAGAAGAAGAAGCGUGCCGUGUGGUGCAGGAGUGGACGGGCAUAAUGGGUGCUACAGCCGAUGGACGACCAUUUGUAGGCGAGGUGCCAGGCAAGAAGGGUAUGUGGAUAUCUGCAGGCUUCAACGGUCAUGGGAUGGUGCUGUGUCUCAAGUCGGCGGAGGCGCUGGUGAAGAUGAUGGGAGCUGGUCACAAGAGUAAAGCACCGGAUUGGUUUCCCGAAAGCUUUUUGCUCACACAAGAUCGGCUGGCGAAGUGCAGAUUCCAAGGUCGCACCGAUAUGCAGGUACCCAAAUGA